AGGAAACGUAAGCCGUGGAGGAAAGAGUGACAGCAAGGUUGGCUGAAUGAGGAGACACCAGUCACACCAGAUGGGCCUGAAAGUGCAAUAUUUAGUGGGUGUGCUGUUGUCAUCUGCACAACUGCUACUCACUUUACCGCUGAAUGAGAAGGACUCCUACAUCCAGCAAAAAGUGUGCAAAAUGUGCCCUCCAGGUGAGUUCCAGAAAACUUGUGAGCAAUGCGAGCCGUGUCCCGCAUGGAGCUACACCACAGUUUGGAACCACAAGGACAGCUGCCAUCGUUGCUACGGCGACUGCAGGCCUGAGUUUAACCAGAAGGUGAUUGCCAACUGUACCAGCAGGUCAAAUCUCAAGUGUGCAUGCCAAGCUGGCUUUCACUGCAUCGACGUGGUUCCGUAUACCGAGAACUGCAGGAACUGUGUCAAGAGAAGGGACGUGACCAUAUUGGCAACAACAACAGUUGCUGUCACUUCAGAUGAAGACAAACAGACUCCUUCUCCCUCGUCCUCAGGAGACGGCAGCAUCUCUGCCAGAUUGUUCUUUCCAGAGUAUGAUGCUCAGCAUGGAUACAACACACAUGUUGACAGAGCAGAGAGGAACACCAUCCACCUGGCGGCCAUCAUGUGUCCGGCAGCCAUCUUAGUCGCCGUCUCCGUGGCGAUCCUGUUCUGCAUCUGUCGGCCCCAAGAUAAAACCUGCUUGAAGAGAGCUGUGGUGAAGUUACAUAACAAGGGUGGUGCUGAUGUUGCAGGCAAGGAUGCAGAGGAGCAUUUCCCCAUCGACCCAUCUGGUGCCGUGCAUGUCCACAAUGCAGGCACGGUCAUCUUCAGCUGGCUCAGUCACUUCACCGGCCAAGUGGGCCCCGUCAUGGAAGCCAGGAGAGCGGCAGACAAGGACGAAGAUGAGGAAGACCAAGACCCUCCUAUAUUUUAUACAAACCCUGUGAGCUCAGCCAAUGUUCCCCUCUCUGAGGAGGAGGAGGAGAUGAGCAGCAAAGUAGUAACAACGCUCUUCCCAUCUCAGGAGGAAGGUAAAGAGUGGCACGUCUCCAAAGAGGAGGUGUUCUGAUGGAUGAAUGAAAAAAGGACUAUGGCACUGGAACCACUGCAAGGUUCACAAAUGGGACCCAUUGAAGUCCACAAUGUGUUUGAUGGUGGACUUCAUUCAGAAUACGGUCAUAUUUACUGUAAAAUGUUUGUUUCGCUUUAAGGGCCAUUGCAAUCAAAGCUAUGCUAACUUGCAAGCUAAACAACACUUAGGAUCAUUUAGUGUGCCUCACAUCUCCUGUUUACUUAUUAUUGGAUGUCAUACUUGAAUGCAGAUUUAUUUGAAUGAACAGAAGAACAAUUUUAUGUAUUUGAAAAAGGUUUUUAUUAGCACAAUCUUGGAUAAAACAACCAGAUUGUAACAUGCACUUGCAGGGCAAAGCUCGGUUAUUUUAAUUUGAAUGUAACAAGAAAAUAAGUACUAUCGUCAUUGAUUAGUAUUUAUUACUUUUUCUCAGUUUUUUACUUUUUACUUUUUACUCAGGCCUGCAUGACAAUAAAGCUAUUUAAAUAACAAAAUUUAAAAAUGAGGGAGUGUGUUGGAGGGAUCCACACUUCCAAAAUAAGA